CUGACAGCUGCUGGCUUUUUCUUUUCAGCUCUUGGAGAAGGCAAAGACAACUUCGUCCAGUGCCCUGUGGAAGCACUCAAGUGGGAGGAACGGAAAUGCCUCAUCCUAGAAGAAAUCCUAGCCUACCAGCCCGACAUCCUGUGCCUCCAGGAGGUGGACCACUAUUUCGACACUUUCCAGCCGCUCCUCGGUCGAUUGGGCUACCAAGGCACGUUCUUCCCCAAGCCCUGGUCACCUUGUCUGGAUGUCGAACACAACAACGGACCAGACGGCUGUGCCUUGUUUUUCCUCCAGAACCGAUUCAAGCUGGUCAACAGUGCCAAUAUUCGGCUCACAGCCAUGACGCUGAAAACCAACCAGGUGGCCAUUGCCCAGACCCUAGAGUGCAAGGAAUCAGGGCGACAGUUUUGCAUCGCCGUCACCCACUUGAAAGCACGCACCGGCUGGGAGCGGUUUCGAUCAGCCCAGGGCUGUGACCUUCUCCAGAACCUGCAGAGCAUCACCCAGGGAGCCAAGAUUCCCCUGAUCAUCUGUGGGGACUUCAAUGCAGAGCCCACUGAAGAGGUCUAUAAACACUUUGCUUCCUCCAGCCUCAAUCUGAACAGCGCCUACAAGCUGCUGAGUGCCGAUGGACAGUCCGAGCCGCCGUAUACCACCUGGAAGAUCCGGACCUCGGGGGAGUGCAGGCACACCCUGGACUACAUAUGGUACUCCCAACACACGCUCAGUGUGAGGUCGGCGCUCGACUUGCUCACUGAGGAACAAAUUGGACCCAAUCGGCUCCCGUCCUUCCAUUACCCUUCCGACCAUUUGUCUCUGGUGUGUGACUUCAGCUUUAAUGAGGAACCCGACGAGGUUUUAUAAACGCUUGUCUCUGUUUUUAACCACAAGAGUCUUAACCCAGGGAGUUUUCAGGAUACUGAAAUAGGCUAAGUAGUUGCCCAAGAAAAGACUACUUUCUGUCAUUUCACUUUUCGUGUUUCCAGCAUGCCCUUAGAAAAGACUUCGUUCAUUCACAGACCUUUCAGUUAAAGCCUGCAGUGAAAAGGUGUCUCUCUGCACUCCAUUUGGGGCUGGUAUUGUUUCCUUUACCUUUGUAUUUUCAGUCAGUCACUUACGGGCAUUCAGUUAGGUUUAUUUUGAAGCUUUUUCCAGUUUGAGGCUGCUGUAAAAAUUCGGGCUUGCUGGAUGGAGACCUCCAUAGUUAACAUUAAGUAUGUAGAGACAGUCUCUCUAGACGGCGUUUCAGGUUAUUUAUUUGUGGGUUUUUAAGUGUCAACAGGAUAUGCAUGGCAGUAUUUAUUUUUUUAUACCUUUAUGUAAAUUAAGUAAAUUACAGCAUUAUGAACCUUUUAGAGCCAUGCAAAAAACACAAGUUAUAGAAAACUUAUCUCAUCUGGUGGUCUAGCAACGUGUGUAUAAGGAACUGCUCAAUCUGGAGGGUGUUUGCUAUUUGAUGUAAAAUCAGGUCUGCAAUACAUUCUUCAUAAAUAAUCCUUGUGGCGCCUCACUGUUCCCCAUGACUGCUUCGUGAAGGAGUCCAGUUACUGUUCAAUUAAACCAGUGUUUUCAUUAUUUAAUCACUGCUUUGUAUUUGUACUUUUUCCAUUAAAUUAUGAGCAUACGCAUGAGGGCUGCUCAGUAUCACCGUUGUUUGUGCCAGCGUGUGCUUUUUACAGUAGCUUAUUUAGGAGCUUGUAUGUGGUAGUAGCCGAGAAAGUCCAUGGGACCUUUUCUCAGAGAUGAGCAACUUUCUAGAAAGCCUGCAAAUGGGCUGCCACUGAAACUGCCUAGAACAACCGCGUCUGGUUCAAAACGUCUAGGGAGAUGAAAAGUUACGAGAUACCUGUAACAAAAGAUACCUUACACAAAAGUGGUAUGAGGUGGUAGUGAGUGCUAAAGUCUCUCUCAAAGAAAGUAACCUAUCGAUAAUAAACCGGUAAAUAUUUUAACAUGAAUUGUACGUAAGAUUAAUAAAUGGUCUUUUAA